AAUACUAAGACUGUCAACGGAAAAAAAAAAUUGUGGCGUUCAUUAAAGCAAAUAAUAGCUCAAGAGAGAAACUUACCCUGGCCCGAUAACUCAAUUAAUUAUAGCUGUAUUUCUGCUCMUCCAUCAUUCAAACCAGCCAAAAAAUAUUCAGAUAUUAGUGGAUUAAUUGCUAAAUAUAAAGAUCCCCAAACAUCUUUAUACUAUGCUGGAUAUGAAGAAUUCAGUACUGUAAGAAAUCUGCCUAGUGAUAUCAUUACCGGAUAUCUGACUUUACGAGGAUCAUACAAUCCUAUUGGAUAAUAUUAUCAUAGUUAAUAUGAUACAU